GAGAGAGACGGGGAGAGAGGGAGAGAGAGAGAGGGACAGAGAGAGACUUUGAACUGUAGCAUGGAGAGAGGGAGGGCAGAGUUGAAAGAGUAGAGAGAGACAGCUCGAGGGGGAGUGUGGGACUCGUCGUCGGAGUGUGUGAGCGAAGGAGUGGAAAGAAGAGAAAGAGCGAGAGAGCCAAGAGAUAGAGAGGGAGAGAGAGAGGGAAGAGGAAUGUCACACAUACGCACGAGACGCAGCACGGAGAGGACAGGAGACCUGGCGCUGCGCUCUUCUCUCUCGCUUUGUGCUUUCUGAUCGCCGCCGCCUUUUCUCUCUCUCGGGCAGCCGAAACGGCUCGACGUUCCGCAAAUUCGACUCGCUCCGGCUCGGGAACCCUAUAGGCACCGACCGGCUCGUCAGUGGACCGCAAUCUGUCGCGUGGCUCAAAACCAGUACCAGUGCACGAAGGAGCGUCCAGAGCUCAGCCUCGAGGAGCAUGCCCGUACUGAACGGGCUAUGGACCGGCGUCAGAGACCAGACUCUGGGGGCCCGGGAGGGGACCGGGUCCGGGUCCAGGUCGGAGUCCGCGUCCCGGUCCGGGUCGGGGGCCGUGCCGGCCUGGGUUUGGCCCCUGGGGGCUCCGGUACCGUGCGGGGGGCUUCCCCUUGAGCUCCCGGCCCUCCUGAAACGCAUACGCACCGUGUGGAGGGCUAGAUUGGCCCUCCUGGGCCCCCGUAGGGCAGAGGUUGCCCUCGAGAGAGAGGACGCCUGCUCGUGCCUCACAGAUUCUGUCUGAGCGCAGAGGCUCCUACCCGCUCAUAGACCUGCGCUUGUUGAACAACACUGCCCAGCAGGGAGAGACAGGCAGCAGGCGUAAGCUGAAGCGGCUGCUGAGCUUCCAGAGGUACUGCCACGCCUCCCGCCUGCUCACCGGCCUCUCCCCACACACCUCCCUGCACCUGCUGGACGACGACUACCAUGCACAGGCUGGGCAUAUGCUGUCAAAGGUUGGAACAUGGAACUUUGAUAUUUUCCUGUUCGAUCGACUUACCAAUGGAAACAGCCUGGUCACGCUUAUGUGCCACCUCUUCAAUGUGUACGGGCUCAUUCAACACUUCCAGUUAGACAUGGUCAAGUUGCACCGAUUUCUGGGCAUGGUGCAAGAAGACUACCAUACCCAGAAUCCCUAUCACAAUGCUGUGCAUGCUGCCGAUGUGACUCAGGCUAUGUACUGCUACCUGAAAGAGCCAAAGUUGGCGGAGCUCCUGACCCCUCUGGACGUGUUCCUGGCUCUGAUGGCGGCCGCAGCGCAUGACGUGGAUCACCCCGGAGUUAACCAGCCCUUCCUCAUCAAGACCAAACACCACCUCGCCAGCCUCUACCAGAAUACCUCUGUGUUGGAGAGUCAUCACUGGCGCUCGACUGUGGGGAUGUUGAGGGAAUCCGGCCUGCUGUCUCACCUACCACCGGAGGAGACGCAGGACAUUGAACACCAGCUGGGCUCCCUGAUCCUGGCGACGGACAUCAGCCGCCAGAACGAGUUCCUCUCCCGCCUCAGAGCACACCUGGACCAGCAGGACCUCAACCUGGAGGACAGCCAGCACAGGCACUUCAUACUGCAGAUCGCCCUGAAGUGUGCAGACGUCUGUAACCCGUGUCGCGUGUGGGACCUGAGCAGGCAGUGGAGUGAGAGAGUCUGUGAGGAGUUCUACAGGCAAGGAGACCUUGAGCGCAAGUUUGACCUUGAGAUCAGUCCUCUCUGCAAUCAACAAUCUGACUCAGUUCCUGCUAUUCAGAUUGGGUUCAUCUCCUAUAUUGUGGAGCCGCUUUUCGAGGAGUGGAUGCGCUUCACGGAUGCCAGCGAGUUGACAGAGAGCAUGAUGGGACACCUGCGGAAGAACAAGUCACGCUGGCGGCAACUCAGGCAGGAGCCGCAGCCGGGCUCCCCGCUCCAGGAGGAAGCCGAGGGACCAGAGGAUUCUGGGACGCCGUGAACCUCCACUCCAUACGGCCUUUUUUAAAAAAGGGGGGCACUUUUUUCCAAAACCUCCUUCCUCUGCUCCUCACUGUUUCUGCCCUGUAGCUUCCUGCCAGCUGAAGGCUUUGAGGGGUGUUCAGAGGAGUCAUACGAGCAGGGUAUAGUGCACCCUUGUGGAUGGAGGACCAAGCCUGAUCGUAGAUGGAGUUUGAAGCAGAGAGAUGAAGCCAAAUAAACCAAAAACCUCAACUUCACCUCUGACUAAUGGAUUUUUUGGGGAUUUUCCUUUUUUUAUUUCUUAACAACAACAAAAAAAACACUUCCAUAGUUUUUAAUGGAUCCUUUCAGGGGGGAGGGGAUAUGAAGAGCCAUUCAAACAUGUGUUUACCCACGAUGCAACACUGCAUCACUGGAUGCGACUAAAAGGACGUUUUUAAAGGGAAUCAGAAGUGAAGAAGCCAAAACAGUCAGCUGGACUGCACAAGAUGAAAGCUACCCCAACACAGGAAGUAACUGAAGAAAUACAAAGUGUACAGAUGAAUAUAACCUUUCUAGAGGAUCUUUAAAACUAAAAUAAAUGACAUUCCUACAUAUUUUACCUUUUUGUACAGCUUGCACUGACAUUAUAUGAUAAUUGAUUUUAACUUUCAAACUCUUUCAAACUCCAUUGUACAGCCUUUUUAAGAGAAACCUUGGAGAAGACAUGAGACAGACAGAGAGUGUGAGAGAGAGAGAGAGUGAGAGGGUUUUAUGAAAUGAAACAUACAUGUGCCAGGAUUAUCAUUGUGUUACUGUAUAGUGUGUACAUGCAGUGGCUUGGAAAAAUAUUCAGCCCUCUGAGAGUCAUCACCAUUUUCACAGUUACAAAAGAUUCUUACACUUCCUUUCACAAUCAGUGUUUUACUUAAGAUGUCUAUGCUGUCGUAUAUUUACAAAGGCAAAGUAAAUUAUUUGUCUGUUAUCCUUAUACAAGCAAUUGAAAAAAUAAAACUCAGAUAUACUACUUGCAAGUAUUCAAACCCUCGUACUUUUGGCUAAUCUAUAAUGUGCCAAUGAGGUGUAUAGUCAAACACUACCAAUGCGUCAAAAAAUACCAUCCCUGUUGUAAAAUAUGGCAUAGUGGGCAUAGUCUUACAGUAUCUGCAGCAGUUGGGAAACUUAAGAAUAUAAGAAGAUUGAAAUGUAACAAAUUCUACAAAUACCAUAAAUAGAAUAUCAUUAUUGUCAUUAUGCACGGAACAAAAUAGUUUGAAGCCACCAUGCACAAUGUCAUGAAAAACAAUAAACAGGAUUAAUAGCAAGAAAUCAGUUUCAACCAUAGCAAAGUAGAAUACUGGAUGGAAUAAUCACAAGAGAAACAGCAUUAGGGGAGGGAUUUGCCCACCAGUAGAACACUAACCCCAAGGCACAGUUAACACUGCUAGUGCUAACACAGUAAACCUGGAGUGGCUCAAAAAGUGAAUAUUGAAUAUUGAAAGUUCAGUGAAUAUUCUGCAAUGAUUCAAUGAAAUCCCAAGUGUAAAGAAACAACUGUUUUGGCAUAAUCGAAAAUAAACACCUACAUUCUAUGUUGCCCAGAUAUCCAUUGAAAUUGGCAUAGAAAACCAGCUUGCAUCAGCCUGGGUCUUGUGGCUGUGUUCAAGCACACACCUUUAAGCCUCUUUUGGCAUAAAAUGGGUGCUGUAUCAACUAUUGAUAUAAAGGGGUUGAAUACUUGUUCUGGUAGAAUAUUUUUGGUUUUAAUAUUUUAUUUUUAAUUUAUCUUUAUUUUAAUUGGCAAUAAACUUGCACUCUGUGCAUCAGCGUUAAACCACAUGGGUAUUUUCUUCGAACUGAGUAAGCAACUGUAUUUAAAAACAUCAAUUUAUAAUCAGCCAGGCUACUACAGCAUACCGGUAUGUGUAAAUCAGUAAAUGGUGAUGAGCUUCAGGGAGGUUGAAUACUUUUGCAAGCCACUGUACAUUAUGCCCCUGGUUCUUGUGUUACUUAUAUGUAUUGCUACCAUCCUUCAAGUUGAGAAGUCGACAGAACCAGACAGAAGGACAACUCCAUUUUAAAUACAAUUCUGUCUUUAUACUACACUGCAUUGUUUCUUUGACAGGUGAUUACAGUUACAAACUGCAAACUAGCCUUAACAUCAGCAAACAUCUUUUUUAUCAAGUGGUGUAAAUUAUUCCAUGGUUCUUCUUCUUUUCUUUUUUUUUAUGUGAUUAUGUUAACAGGCACUGCCUCUGACUUGUUCUUUCUACUGCCACCACGAAGUUAAUGUCAUUUUCUUUCCUUAAUGGUUCUGUACAGGCAGGCGCUAUAUGUAAUCUGUGUCUUCAACACCUAUAUACACUAUUUUUAUCACUGACAAUUUUUUAGCAGGCCAACACUGUACACUGACAUUAUCCAGGUGUUAAUCUUUGUCAAAAAGAGUGAAAAUUAGCACUGUGAGUGCGGCUCCAGUGUCAUUGAAGUGUCAAAGCGGUUUAUAAUCUCACAAAGUAUUUAAUAAAUCAGGGCAUUUUUGCCCCCUUCAGAUCAACUCUUGAGGUUUUAGGUCUCUGGAAGUUUCAGUUUUAGCUCUUCAGCCACUGCAUAACUUCCUUUGUUGACGUCCUUAAGGAUUACAUGGUAACAGUUGUCAUGGUGACUACGACCCGGCAUAUAGCCAUCUCCCAGACAGAUUUGUGUUUGUAGUCUAGGCUAGGGAACUGAAUAGAAGCGAUCAGGAGACUGGAUCAUUGUGCAAGUCCAUGAUGCAGGCUUUGAAUGACAGGGUGAAAAACCAUGAAUGUUUCUCCUUUCGCUAAAAUCAACUCAAUUUUUGAAGAGCAACUAUUAUAUCCCAUAACUUGAGUGUUUUUCUUAUACCAAUAAGACUUUUAAACAUAAUUUUUCAUAACUGACUAUAAGCUUCAGUUAAUCUGGCCCUUUAUAUCCAAAUGUCAGUGAUGUUGCCUUUUUUUUCUUUUCAAGUUACAGUACACCCAUGACUACUAUCCAACUGACCAUCAUACACUGUGAUGAAUAAAAAAUGUUAUUAAAUUUUA